AUGUUUACCUUUUACGUCGCCUCUCUCUUGAAAACGUGCCCGCUUGCUGCUGCUGUACUUGUGCACACCCCAAACUGUAUUAUUCAGGAUCGUCAAAACCUAACCUCUUCUCUUGAAAACGUUCGCGCCUGCUGCUGCUUCUGUACUUGGUGCCACACAUUAUGCAACCUUGAUUCCUUCAGGAUCGGCCCUGCAGGCGUCAGCUCCGGGGUGUCCCUGCGAUCCCUUCCCCCGGCCCGCCUGGAAGACCUGACGAAGAUCUGCCAGCACUAUGAGGAGAAGUGCAGCGGCGUCUACGCCAGCGACUCCGCGGCUGCCAGGUACCUGUUUCAGCUCUCCCGCGAGGUGCAGCAGGUAGCGGCCGCCUUGGAGCAGGACAGGUCCAGUCAGACUCUCGGCAACCUUCAAGCGGAACAGCUCCUCGAGGAAUGGAACGAGUCCUUCGGGCCUGACGCCCCCCUGCUGAGAGAUGCCGCCUCCCUGGGAGUUCCGCUUUCGGCGGGAGUCGUGGGAUCGGAGACUGGGGACGGAGGGGCGGGAGAGACAAAGGGAGACAAUGACGCCAGCAGCGACGGCAACACAGGCGGAGGAGGAGCGGGGGGAGACGCGGAGGGGCUGAGGGGGGGGGUGUCCCCGGGAAAGGUGGCGGAGGCGCUGCGGCAGCUGGCCAAGCGUGCCGAGGAUGCGGAGAGGGGAUCAGACGAGGCGACGAAAGACCGAGCCUCUUCGGUUGCAGGGCUGCGGGGUGCUCUGGAUGCUCACGUGGCCGUAUCAGCGGAGAGCAGUGCGGCGGAUAGACACAUGCACCAGCAGGAGCGUGCUGCGCUUGUAGACCAGCAGGAGAAGUUCGUGCGAGACCUUCGGGAGCAGCACGACCAGACCAUCCAGCAGAUCCUUAUGGAGAAGGACGUUGAAAACAGCAAGUGCACGGAGUCCUUCAAGAAGCAGCUCAACGAGGUGCAGCUAGAGCUGCUCAACAACAGGCAGCACAUGAUCAACACAGAGGCGCAGUGGCGCAAGCGUCUGGAGGAGCAGGAGCAGCGGGAGAGCGGCGAGAUGAUGAGGAUGAGAGAGGCGUUUCAAGACGAGCUCGCUAGCGUCAAGAGCGACCUCUCCACGGCCCACGCGGCCAUGGGCGGCCUGGGCGCCAUGGGCAUGGCCGACGGCCGACGGGGGGGCGCCGUGGGUACGGUGACGGGAGGAGGGGGUGGGGGUGCGGGCAUGCCCCCCGGGCUAGACGGGGUCGACAGCAGCGACAGCGCUGACCACAAGGUGAGAUCGCUGUCGCUUCUGGUGGAGGAGGCGAAGAAGGAGAGCCGAUGGCUUCGGGAGCGCAACCAGGAGCUGGAGAGGGUGGUAGAGGCGCUUCGGAAGACCAUCAUGCGCCAGGCGGAGCUGUCCAGCCAGAGGCAGGACCAGCAAGGGACAGGCCCGGGUCAACGACCUCCGUCCCACGCGUUCAGGGGUGGUCGCCAGCAGUUCCAAGAACACCCUUCGUCGUUCGGAACUACCGCAGGGUUUCCGGCGGGCAGGCGGCCCGGGGAGUCUCGACUGGGCGGUCGGCGGCUGCCGCGGCGGCGGGUAUCAGCCGCGGGGGCAUGA